AUGUCCAAGUCAGAACAGGGCAAGCGUGUUCAGCCCCAUGGCAGCGAGGCGAGCAUGGAGUUGAAGCCAACAGCCACAGCCCCGGGAAAACAGGGCUGCAGCAACGCAGCCUUCCAGGAUGAAGACCUUGAAGAGCAGGACACACUGGGAAACAGCACCGUCAGGAGCAGAGUGGUACAGAGCAAGGAACAAGGAAAUGCCAAGCAGGGUGACAGGCAGAUCACGAUUGAGCAGGAGGAGUUUCCGGGAGACAGAGACUUUGACGACGUGGAGGGUGAUGGCCAAGACGAGCAUCAAAAGGGGUGUUUGGAAAGAAAGUAUGAUAUGAUUUGUGAGUUUUGUAGAAAGCACAGAACCAUUCUUCGGCGCAUCAUCGGGGGCAUUCUCUUGACUGGUUUCCUGGCUCUGGUGAUUGCAGCCUGUGUACUGAACUUCCACAGAGCCCUUCCUCUUUUUGUGAUCACCGUGGUUGCCAUCUUCUUUGUUAUCUGGGAUCACUUGAUGGCUAAAUAUGAGCAUCGAAUCGGUGAGCUCCUGUCUCCAGGCAAAAGGCUUCUCCACAGGCAUUGGUUCUGGCUGAAAUGGGUGAUGUGGAGCUCGCUGAUCCUGGCCGUGAUUUUCUGGUUGAUUCUUGACACUGCCAAAUUGGGCAAACAGCAGCUGAUAUCCUUUGGUGGACUCAUAAUGUACAUUAUCCUGUUAUUUCUCUUUUCCAAACAUCCUAACAGAGUUUACUGGAGGCCCGUCUUUUGGGGAAUUGGAUUGCAGUUUCUUCUUGGGCUCUUAAUUCUGAGGACUAAGCCUGGAUUUAUUGCUUUUGAUUGGCUGGGAAAACAAGUUCAGACUUUUCUCGGGUACACUGAUACUGGAGCUAUGUUUGUCUUCGGUGAGAAGUACACAGACCACUUCUUCGCGUUUAAGAUCCUGCCGAUCGUGGUUUUCUUCAGUACUGUGAUGUCUGUGCUGUACUAUGUGGGCCUGAUGCAAUGGGUCAUCCGAAAGGUUGGAUGGCUAAUGCUUGUCACUAUGGGGUCAUCUCCCAUUGAGUCUGUAGUUGCUGCCGGCAACAUAUUUGUUGGACAAACAGAGUCUCCACUACUGGUCCAACCAUAUUUACCACAUGUCACCAGAUCAGAGCUCCACGCCAUUAUGACAGCUGGCUUCGCCACGAUUGCAGGGAGCGUUUUGGGUGCCUACAUCUCUUUUGGAGUGUCAUCCACACAUUUGCUAACAGCCUCUGUCAUGUCAGCACCGGCGUCCCUGGCUGUGGCCAAGCUCUUUUGGCCCGAAACAGAAAAACCCAAAAUCACCCUCAAGAAUGCCAUGAAAAUUCAAAGUGGUGAUUCCAGAAAUCUCCUGGAGGCAGCAACGCAGGGCGCAUCCUCGUCCAUCCCUCUGGUAGCAAACAUCGCCGUGAAUCUGAUCGCCUUCCUGGCCUUACUGUCUUUUGUGAACUCAGCCCUGUCCUGGUUCGGAAACAUGUUCGACUACCCACAGCUGAGUUUUGAGCUCUUUUGUUCCUACAUCUUCAUGCCACUGUCCUUCAUGAUGGGGGUCGACUGGCAAGACAGCUUCAUGGUGGCCAAACUCAUAGGCUACAAGACAUUCUUCAAUGAAUUUGUGGCGUAUGACCAUCUCUCGAAAUUGAUCAAUUUGAGGAAAGCUGCUGGACCCAAAUUUGUGAAUGGCGUGCAGCAAUAUAUGUCGAUUCGUUCUGAGACCAUUGCGACCUAUGCCCUCUGUGGCUUUGCCAAUUUUGGUUCCCUAGGAAUAGUGAUCGGCGGACUUACGUCCAUAGCUCCAUCCAGAAAGCGUGACAUUGCCUCUGGGGCAAUGAGAGCCCUGAUCGCAGGGACAGCUGCCUGCUUCAUGACGGCCUGCAUCGCAGGCAUACUCUCCAGCACCCCCGCAGAUACCAACUGCCAUCACAUUCUGGAGAGCACCGAUUUACUCAGCAACACAACCGAAGCGGUGUCUUGUUGCCAAAGUCUCCUGAACAGUACUGUUGGCAAGGGACCAAACAAGGUCAUCCCAGGAGGGAACUUCAGCCUCUUUACUGUGAAAGCCUGCUGCGAGCUGUUGAAUCCACCAACGCUGGACUGCAGUUGGGUCCCGAACACACCGUGAGCUCAGCCGUGUGUCCGGCGGGAUUCUGAAUGCAGACGCCGGAGG